AUGGAAGAAUCUCGUCAGGAGCGGGGCAGCUCCCGCCUGGGCGGUAAAAGCCCUCCGGCGGCACGGAUCCAGGGCGCUUCAGCAAUAUUGAUGUUUCUUGCGCACGGAUACAAUGGUGAGAACUUCUGCAUUCUGGAUGAGCAAAGGUUUGCCAAGGAGCUGCUCCCCAAGUACUUCAAACACAACAACAUCUCCAGCUUCAUACGACAGCUUAACAUGUAUGGCUUCAGGAAGGUGAUUGCUCUGGAGAAUGGUAUGAUCACAGCAGAGAGAAGCUCAGUCAUUGAGUUCCAGCACCCUUUCUUCAAGCAAGGGAAGGCACAUUUACUGGAGAACAUCAAGCGCAAGGUAUCUGCAGUAAGAACUGAGGAUCUCAAGGUCUGUACAGAGGAUUUGCACAAAGUGCUCUCUGAAGUCCAGGAGAUGAGAGAGCAGCAGAACAACAUGGAUGUCAGGCUGGCUAACAUGAAGAGAGAAAAUAAGGCCCUGUGGAAAGAAGUGGCAGUUCUAAGGCAGAAGCACAGUCAACAACAGAAGCUGCUGUCUAAGAUUCUUCAAUUUAUCCUAAGUUUGAUGCGAGGAAAUUACAUUCUCGGGGUCAAAAGAAAAAGGUCUCUAACGGAUGCUGCAGGUGCUUCACCCUCCAAGUACAGCCGGCAGUAUGUUCGCAUCCCCGUGGAGAGCGGCCAGGCGGUGUCUUUUUCUGAACACGACGCAGAUGGCGACGGUGGAAAUGGCACAGGUCUCAUCAUUCGAGAUAUCACUGACACCCUGGAGAGUGCCACCGACGGCCUCCUCGCCGUGGCGCACACGAGCGGCAGAGCCAGAGAUACACAGGCAGCUCUGGAUCCUGGCUUACCUCUUUGCCAAGUAGCGCAGCCAGAUGAGUUAAACUGUGCAGAACCUAUCCCACCAGUUCACAGAAACGAUGUCAGCAAAUGCAGCGACACGGGCAAUGUUGCUGUGGAACUCCAUACUGCGCAGCCUAAUGCUCCAGAAGACCCCGUGUCUGUGAUUGACUCCAUCUUGAAUGAGAACAACUCUGGGAACCAAAAUGAUCCUUUACUGGACAGAGAAGAAAUUCAGGAUUUUCUUAAUUGCAUUGAUGCCAGCCUUGAAGAGCUUCAAGCAAUGCUAUCUGGGAAGCAGUAUAACUUUGGUUCUGAAGCUUUCAGUGAUACACUUAAUCCUGAGCUGCCAGCCCUGGAUAUGAGCUUGAUGGAAACUUGCCCUGGUAUGGAAAAUAUUGCAAACUUGGCAGAGAGCACUGAAGAUCUGGGAGCGAGUGAGAGAGAAGCAGCAGGAAGCAAAGAUAUGCAGCUGAUACAGUACAGGGCCAACCCUCUGCUUUCAUUAUUUGAAGAACUGCCUUUAAGUGAAGCUGCAGGGAAGAUGGAGGAUCCAAAAGACCUUCUACUGCCCUCCCUGGAGGAGAAACCUGCUCUUCAUCCUCCGUCAGGUGGUGGAACUGUCCUGCCAGGGGCAGCUCCAGCAAGCCAGGCCGAGCCUCUGGAUGCUCUGGGCGUGGGGGAUCCCCCUCUGCUCUCGGAAGAUGGCAAUGGAGAGUAUAAACUGUUUCCACUCCUGCUUCUCAGUCCUGUUGCUAACUUCAUAGAAGAAGCCUCUGAGAUAGAAACUUCCUGAGCUCACGUGACACCUGCAACUGGCUUAGUGAUGUGAGACAGACAACGAAGGACUGGAUUGGCAAGAAGCUUGACCUCACCUGCUUCCUGGGUGUUGUGUUCUGUGUAGGCAAAAGUUCUCUUCCUACAAGCAAAGAGCAUGCCUGGAAAAACUGAAAACAAGCUCAAAAAACGAGCUGGUGGGAGUGAAGGCACUGGGUAGAGGGGAAGAGCAACAUCCCUGUAAACAUACUGCAGUGUAUUCCGUAACUUUUUAUCUGAUAUCCUUAUUGCAAGAGGAAAUCUGUUUGUAUCCCAUUUGUAAAGUUUGGCUGGGUGUAUUUGUUGGUUUGGUUUUGGUUGGUUUGGGGUUUUUUUUCAGUUGACUGGAUAGUAAUGUGUGUAACAUUUUAAACGUGGGUUUUACUCUUUGAGAGCCUGUUCAAUAGGUGGCUUGUCUGCUGUUUGGAACUUAGGAUUUUUUUAAGAUUUUGUUUUUAAUUUGAGAUUUCUUUUUUGAUAGUCUGUGGCUACAAUUGUUUGUGUUUGCGCUCUACUCCUAGAUUUGCUCCUAGGUACAGGCAACAUUUUUCCUAUGGAAAAUUACAUUUUAACUGUGGGAUGUUAGUUUUUAACGUGCUAACACGCAUCCAUUGCCACGGGCUGUCAGUGUUGUAGGAAGUGCUCGCCACCCUGCGUAACGCUGCUUUCUCAUGCACAUUGCAUGGCAGCUCUUCUCGGGUAACUUGCACCUCACUCACAGGUCACAUGUCCUCAGAAAUUUUGAGUAGAACUGAUUCACGUCUAGCAGAGUCCAGCAGCUGCCCUUAAAAUGAGAGGGAAGGGAAAAAUAGGAGCCGUGGCAUAACCUGCACUGACGUAGGACGUGACGUUAACGUUUCUCUUCUGCCUGCAGUAGCUGCUUGUUCACCCAGCCCUGUGUGAGCACUGGACUUCGUGCUGCGUUUGCUGCUUGUGGAAUCCUAAAGCUAAAUUAGCUAGAUGUGUUUGAGUCCUUUGACAGCAGAUUACAAAAACUAGUGUCUGCUUAAUCAAAAAAUCUCUCCCCAAAAUUCCUUUCUGUGCUGUUUCCCUGACGUCUUUGCGCAGCCCCUGGUGCGAGUGCAAUAUCAAGUUCUCCUUCACUGACACCAAGUCUGUAGCCGUCUGCCACUAACACACACACGCUUGAGAUUUGCUGUGGCGAUACAGAACUGAAGAGGAGGCCUGGAGGCAGGUAGAAAACCCGCUGUAUAAUAUCAUGGGAUAUUUCCUACCAGCGCAAUUUCUUGAAGAUUUUUUUUCAGUUUUAGGAAUUCAGGUUACCUACAGGCUUUGUUCUCUCCAAAGUUUCUGAAGUAGUAAGAUUUUACUUCUUUUAUAUUCAAGAAUCCAAGGUAAUUUGAUAUUCUGAAGCCUACUAGGUAAUGCAUGUUGUCUGUGCUGGUGUUACUUAAUUGGAUUUGUGCUUCAUUGUCAAAUCUUUUGAGUUGCAGAGGAGGAUCUUGCUACUGUGUGUAUAUGUGUAGUGCCUUCGCAGUGUCAUUUUAUUCCCGUACUUCUGUAACUGCUUUCACCUCAUGACCCUUCGUGUUUGUAUCUUUUGAAUUGCCUUUUGUCAAGUACGUCUUACUCUACCUUUUUCUAGUCUUUCUUUUGCUUACUUCUUGAGACAAAGGGCUGAAUAGUCUCAAGUUUUCAUGAGCUAAAGGGAGAGGGGGAAAUGAAUGAAUUGUAUAUCUGUCUUGGGUUCUGUGUUGUUUUUUUUUUUUUAUUUCUUCCCAAAGGCCUCAAUUUUGCCAAGAGUAAAACAGUAAAAAACCAGACUUUUCUUCUGCUGUUUUGACAGCACGGUGCAGACAGCAGCGUUCUCUGAGAGGCUGAUCUUCUGUAACUCACUUCCUGAACAGGUUAGACUAAAGGGUAGUUCCUGUUAUGGAUUAGUCAUGUUCUUCCAUCAUGGAGCCCUCUGAUCUCAGCUCAUCUCACCAUCAGAUAUUUGAUCUGAUUGCAUAAUAGUUUUUUUAAAUGCUUUCUCUCUUAAGAAGUUAAGAAACCAAGGCUUAAGAAAACUGCAAAUAAAAACUUGUGCAUCUGUGUCUGGUUUAUGUACUGGUCUAGGAAAAGUGUUUAUGCAGGUUUCCUAAGAAAGAUU